AUGACGGAUAUGAAUAUUGUGCAUACAGUUGAACAAACAAUACUUGGUGAAGUUCUGCAAACCCAAAAAUUAAUUGAAGAGAUUUUUGAUGCCAUUGACGAUAUUACCAACGACGAAACUAAAGAACAACUGGGAAAAAUAAUAGCAAAAUUAUGCGUUAGUGGUAAGAAUCUCUAUACAAUAGAAGAUCAAUUGAAAUUGAAUAACUCAAGUGGAAUAUUCGAAGAGAAAAGAUUCGUAAGACUUAUUUCUUUCGAAAUCAAUCGUAUCAUACAAGAAGGUGGAUGUAUUUCACUCGAUACUGGUUUUGCAAGCGUGCUCGUGCUGCAUUAUUGUGCGACUGUUGGCGGACUGCACGUUGCUCGUUUUGGUUCACUUCGUUCGGCGGUUCUUGGUUUAGAAAUCGUUUUACUUUAUUGCAGUCUAUUGAACUGUUUAAUAUCAUUACGAAAUGACAAUACCGGUAUUGAUCUUAAACAACUAUUCAUUGGUUCUGAUAAAGGCGAACAGUCACUAGUAUUGAUGAAACAAAUGAAGAAAAUGUUCGAUCCAAAAUGUAUUCUUAACCCUUACAAAGUUUUACCUUAUCAAAUAGAUUAG